AUGAUUAACCUGACGACUUUGAUUCCUCCAAUUCUUUACAUUGUCAUCAUCGUUGGUUCGAUGGCGACGUUCUCUUCACUCUAUAGGAAGAGGAAGGCUCAAGCCGCAGCUUCCAUGGAACCCUGGUUCCCACAAUCCAUCGCUCGCGAUAUCUACCUCACCCUACUCCACCUUCCGGAUACUCCAAACCCCCCUAAGGUCCCAGACUCAGUUCUCCGUGCAGCUCUUCUUCGUCGCGCUACAGAUGUCAUCCAAAAGGCCAUUGUCAUCCGUCAAUCCAAGGGUCCCCUCCAGGCUCUCCUUCAAAAGGGUUCAGUUGGUGAUGACACCUGGGCUCAAUUCCUAAAAGCCGAGCAAGACAUCGACGCUGAAAUUAAGGAAGUCGCCGAAGAUGCUAUGGCUCUAUCCAACCAGAACCAGCAGUGGGCGCAGUUCAUCUUCCAGUCUGCAGCUGAGAUGCUUACUAACGAGCGGCUACGUACCAAACUUGAGGAACAAAAUGUUAAGUCGCAGGAGUGGUCUGAGUGGUGGGGUAAGAGGAACGAAAAGGUUCGCAGCGAGUUUUUGGCGAGUGAAGGAGUCGAGGAGAUCGGACAAGGCACAUCGGUUAAUCCUGCUGCUGUUUUCACUGGUUUGGUCGAGAAGAAGGCUGGUAAUGUUAGCGAUGAGGACGGUGUUCUUGUUGAAGCCGAAGUCACCUCGCCUACCACACCAAAGGAAUCGAAGAGCAGCAAUAAGAGCACACCAAUUGCCACACCUACCAGCACACCCAGCGGUAGCGUCAGGAAGAAGAAGGGUAGAAAAUAA